AUGUUUUCCCGAAGCGUUGCAUCCAAUAUCUUGCGGCAGGCCUCUCGCCCAGCUGUCCGAGCGCCCGUCUCCUUCCGAGCUCCCAUCUCGCCGCUAACGCCCUUCCAAAUCCGUCUCCUGUCCGACACAACUCGCUCUGCCAUCGACAAGGCCGUCGCUUCGGCCCCUGUUGUGCUGUUCAUGAAGGGAACUCCCGAGAUGCCCCAGUGCGGCUUCUCCGCCACUGUCAUCAAGAUCCUCGGCAUGCAGGGCGUCAACCCGGAAAAGUUUGCCGCCUUUAACGUCCUCGAGGACUCGGAGCUUCGCGAGGGUAUCAAGGAGUAUUCUGACUGGCCGACUAUCCCCCAGCUGUACGUGGACAAGGAGUUUGUCGGCGGCUGUGAUAUCCUGAGGACGAUGCAUACAAAUGGCGAGUUGGCCAAGUUUUUCGAGGAUAAGGAGGUCCUGGUCUUGGAGGGCGAUGCCUAG